AGUGCACGACGAAUUCUAAAGAUGGUGUGAAACGAAAGGAAGAAGAUACCGAUAUUUAUAAGAGAGUAAAACCGAUCUCUUCUCCCCCUCCUUGCCCAACCACAACGAUAUUUUAUUCUCUACCAACGGAUUUCGCGAGUUUGCGUUCUCGACUUUCCCCACUCGCGGCCAAGUGUUUUCACUUCUUUACGAGUGUGCCCGCGCUUAUGUUAGUGCCGAUUCAAACAUCGCGAGGCAAACUCGACGAUCUCGAAAGAGAGAGAGACAAAAAAAGAGAGAAAAGAGAGAGAGAGAGAGAGAAAUUUAUCCUCUUCUCGAUUUUGAAGUGUGAUUUUGAAAUAGUAAAAUCCAAAAAAAAAAAAGAAAAAAGAAAAUAAAAUAACCGAGGAGACUUUACUUGAAGAAGACAAACGAAAAAUGUGGAUCGUACGGACGAUCUUAACGUUUUGCGUGCUCGUUAUCGCGAUCACGCAAGCGAAGCCUACGAUUUACAAGAGAAAUCAGGACAACGUUUUCGAACCAGUAAUGAUACCCGUAUCUUCUACCGUAAUCCCAUUGCCAGUUUAUAAGGUUGAAUAUGGAUUAGGUUUUAUAUCAAAAGAUAAGAAAGCUCAAUCCUCGUUUAAACCAGAUGGCACUGUGAAAUUAAUUACAAUUAAAAAAAGUCAAGAAAAGAAAACCUAAUUUGGAUCGAUUACAUAAGAAAUAAAUGAUUCGUGAAGAUAAAUAUUUAAUGUAAUUUAGCGAGCUUAUUAUAAUUCUACGCAAAUUGUUGAGAUCGUUUCUAACAUAAGUUUAAAU